GAUAGGUUGAGUGCACUACCAGAUGAAGUUAUUUGUCACAUACUUUCCUUCCUCGGGACAAAAUGUGCUGUGAGGACCACGAUUCUGUCAAAGAGGUGGAACAACAAAUUGGACUUUGGUUCCCAAUCUAGACUUCGAAGACGAGGAGUUCUACAGACUUGUUCAUUUUAAAAGGUUUGUUAAUUGGGUCCUUGACUUUCGUGGCUCAUCAAACAUCCAAAAGCUCAAACUUGAAUGUUCGCGUGAUAUCGACUUUGAGUGGGAAUCAUACAUUGAAAAGUUCAAUGCUGAACGAAGGCGUGAUAGAUAUCACUCUCAUAUUUGGCGCUGGAUUGACACUGCCAUUGGGCGUAAUCUUGUUGAACUUGACCUGAAUAUUGAGUUCUUUCCAGACGGAAAUGAUUUUGGGUUACCUAGGAGCCUUUUCGAGAGUAAUACACUGGAGGUAUUGAAGCUUGGGUCAAAUUUUAUUCUCAGUUACCUUCCUAUGCCAAGGAACUACUUCCCAAGCCUCAAGAUGCUAAAUGUUUCAGUUCACCAUCCUCACAAGUAUUCAAUGGAAAAGUUUUUUUGUCACUUUCCAGUACUUGAAGAUUUGGCUAUAGAUGGAAUUCUUGGGCAAAAGGAAGAUUUGAAUAUCAACAUCUCUGCACCUAAACUGAAGACGUUAAGAAUAUAUUUGGAGGUUGACAAAUGUGAUUAUCAUGAGCACUGUUUUUACAUUAAAGCUCCAAAUCUUGAAAACCUUGAUCUCAUGCAAGAUAAUUUUAUAAAUUUUACUUUGGAAACUCCAAACUCCCUAGUCAAAGCUGAAGUUGAUCUCAUAGGGCGUUAUGCAGAAGGAAAUCCUGAUCAUGCAAUUGCACUUCCUGAAGGAAUUUCCAAUGUCAAGUACCUGUCUCUCAGAGAUAAUACUUUUGAGGGUUGUUCUCUGCCUACUUUUGGUAACCUGAACCAUUUGAAGCUGUGUCUUUGUGAUUGCAAUUACGGGAGGUUGCUAACAGAGUCGCUCAAGAAGUUUCCUAAUCUGGAAUAUCUUGACAUUGAAUAUAGGUCCCUAAGUCAGAAAGAACUUUAUCUACCGGAGUUUGUGCCGUUUUGUUUGUUGUCAUGUCUCAAGACUAUCUCUAUAAGGGGGUUUGAGGGACAUCAAGUUGAGAUGGAAGCGGCCAAGUACUUGUUACAGAAUGGUAGAGUUUUGAAAAAGAUGACAAUUGAUACUUAUUCCCUGCACAACAAAAUGGAGGUGUUGUAUAAGGAAUUUUUGAUGUUUCAAAGGGGUUCACUGAAUUGUCAAGUUGAAUUUGUCGAAAUGAAAUAGGACUCCUUCAAAGUUCAAUUCCAGGUUUGUUCUAAGUUGUACAAGCACCGUCUUUGGUAAUAAAAGAUGAAUACUACAUUCAGUUUCAA